UACACCUCAUCAGAAGCAUUUUAUUUUAAUCAUUGCACGUCUCAAUUAUAAUUAAUUUGACAAGUUUAUUAACGAACCACAAAAUCCUUAUUAACGUACGUAUCUUAAAAUGACAUGCCUCUCUAAAUGUCCCGUCAUUAGUCCAAGAAAAAAAACAGAAAGAAAAAAAUGUUUAGACGCGGCUUCCACUCUAUUCCCGACAGAGAGCCCUGAGCCACCCCCUCCCAAGUGCUCCUUAUGUUUCUAUAGUAAUUUCCAGCCAAUGAUCAGUAGGUGUCCACAUCUCUGCUUCCUCACCUCAGCACCAAUCAGCCACACACAGCGACAGGAGAGACGGACCGAGCAAACACUCUGCAGCUACACAAUACACACCGGACCAGGAGGAAACACCUCGCCUUCCACAGUACACCUCCAGCGCAGAGCUACCCUGCAUGCCGUUUUUAUUCGCUUUCAAACUCACAUCUUGUAUUACUUGUAUGUACAAGCAGUAAAAGGGGCUUUGUUUUGAACGCAUACUGUGUAUAUUCACAUAUUUUGCGUUCUAUUUUCCCUCGUCGUGCAGUGAUGUGUUGCUCUGUGUUGGCAGACUGGUAGCGUCUGGAUUCCCUUUUCGCCAGGAACCUGUAUCAGAGAAGAUAUAUGAAGAAGAUGGUACGUUAUUGUUUGUAACCUGCAUCAGAUUGACAAAGGUGGAAUAAAAUCAUAGACUUUAUUGUUAGAUCACCAAAUAAUUACAGCAAUGUCUAAUAUAAACAAUCCUCUUUGUGUUGAAAAUGGACAAAGUGCUGAGGCUUCGAUAUUACAAAAGGAUAAUAUACAGGGAAGUGGAUUAAACCCGGUUUUGGAUUAUAAUGCAGAAAUGGAAAGAUACAGAUCUUUUGCAAACUUUUACAAAACAAAUGGGGCAUUUCCACAGACUGCGAAGAUUGCUCGUAUAACAACGCCAAUUUUUCCCAGUGCCAGAAUUGGUGUGUCCCCUUGGAACUGUGAUAACGCUAUGCUGUGGGGAAGGAAAUCAGCAGCAAUAAACUCUAAUAGGACCAGCAUGCAUAGAAAUGAUUCCCAGAGGCAAGGGAAGCCUGGCGUGCCGCCAGAGACGUUGCAAAUGGCAAAUAAUAAUUUCCUCACUACUUUAUCCCCUGAACACUGCAGACCUUUAGCAGGAGAAUGCAUGAACAAGCUGAAAUGCGGCGCUGCUGAAGCAGAGAUAAUGAAUCUCCCAGAGCGCGUUGGAACUUUUUCUGCUAUUCCGGCUUUAGGGGGCAUCUCAUUACCUCCAGGGGUCAUCGUCAUGACAGCCCUUCACUCCCCCGCAGCCUCAGCAGCCGUUACAGACAGUGCGUUUCAAAUUGCCAAUCUGGCAGACUGCCCACAGAAUAAUUCCACGGGUUCCAACGGAAACCCUGCAAAGAAGAAAAGGAAAAGGUGUGGGGUCUGUGCACCCUGCAGGAGGCUAAUCAACUGUGGGGUUUGCAGUAGUUGUCGGAAUCGCAAAACUGGCCACCAGAUCUGCAAAUUUAGGAAAUGUGAAGAGUUGAAGAAAAAGCCUGGCACGUCACUGGAGCGAACGCCUGUUACUGGUGGAGAAGCAUUCAGAUGGUUCUUUUAGAUGGCGACUACCAUGUAAUCAGGACAGCCUGAAGUGAGCGAGGUAACAAGUAUGCGUGUCACAGGAGGCACUUGUGGCCUUGAAAUCCAAGUCCAGCUCUGAAGAAGAAAACACUAUGGUGGUGGUUUAACUCUGUAAUUUCCUUUCCUGUGUAAUAAUGUACCUUUUGACCUAUCAUAAUGUAUAUUUUUGAUGUCAAUGAAUGUGUUUGCAGUGUUGUGACUGUACGGAUAACGGGCUCAAAAGACAAUCAUGACAGAAGAGGCCAUGAGGAUAAAUAUCUGCAUACAUACAACACAGUACACAUUAGGUUUG